UAGUGUCCUUAGCUGAAGUGUGUUUUGUCUCCGUCGGGCCGAAAGUGUUCCUGGGCCGCCCGAUACGCCGCCAGCAAAACGGUCCUCACUUCUCGAGAGGCAUGACAAACCCUCGUCGUAGCAACCUUCGCGAAAAACCUUCCUGCUGAUAUGCUGCUUUACCGCUUGAUCCGUUAGACGCAGCAUCGGUGUCGUGUUGGAUCACCUGCUCACAUGAAUUUGCUGUACGGUCCGCGAAUUUUGGCACAAAGAAUCUCGUCCCGAAACUAAGAAUCUCGUUCGUAAAGUGUCCGCUUCUGCCGCGCGCCCGUUGCAACACACUCACUCCAGUCCAGAGCCGAGAAUCCACGAUUGUCAACCCGAACCAAAGAAUCUUGUGUCGUGCUGCUGUUACGCGUGUAUCACGCGUCCCCGUGCACUCUUGCCCUCAUCGCCACCGACAUCGAGAGGAACACCAUCUUUAGUUUCUCCAACCAUCUGGUUUCAUUUCGUGUACAUCGUUCCAACCCCUUCUGUAGCCCCCCCAUAGAGCACCAUCUCCAUAUCAUCAUCACCGUCGCAUUUGCACCCCAAUUAGGGCUCAGUGUGAUUCCCCACCCCGGGUCCCCUGGCCUGCCAAUCAGUUCCAAGCAACCCACACACAGUGUUCCACCCACACGCGUGCGACAUUCGUUGCGCGCGCGUCCGUCCGCGUGCGGUAGUGUGUUCCCGACUCGCGUAGUGUUUUGCGUUCCCGUGCCUGGUCCGCGCGGUCUGCACACACAUAUGUGAUGUUCUCAAACGGGCUUCCGUGCAAUUUACCAUUUCCCAGCUGUCUCGGGGUGCCAAAGGAUAGCGGAAGUGACGAGCUGCUGCCGACGAGCAUGGGAAGUCGCGAACCGGUCAUUCUCAACGUGUACGAUAUGUAUUGGAUCAACGAGUAUACCACCUCGAUCGGCCUAGGAGUCUUUCACUCCGGUGUGGAGGUGUUCGGUACGGAGUUUGCCUAUGGUGGCCACCCGUUCCCGUUUACCGGGGUGUUCGAGAUAUCGCCACGCGACCACGACGAACUCGGUGACCAGUUUCGGUUUCGGCAAAGCAUUCAGAUCGGUUGUACAGACUUCACCGAGGAGGAAGUGCGGCGAAUCGUCGAAGAGCUGGGAAACCAGUUCCGGGGCGACCGGUACCAUUUAAUGAACAAUAACUGUAACCACUUCUCCGGCGCCCUCACGCAGAUCCUGUGUGGCCAGGAAAUUCCCAGCUGGGUGAACCGAUUAGCGCACUUCAGCUCUUGCGUACCUUUCCUUCAGCGCUGCUUACCCAAAGAAUGGUUGACGCCAAAUGCCUUACAACAGUCGAUCACCGCCAUACAGGAUCGUGACUCGGACUCGAGUCCAUUUUAAGGCACAGCACAGCGACGAUACCCCCUGUCUCUCCACUACUUCAACGUUUUUUUUAAGAACUUACGGCCAAGCCACUACUCGGACUAGGAAUUUUUGUUCCACUAAACAAGGACGACGGGGUACAAAGUGCCACCAAUGUGGCCGUCGUUUGGACCCCAUCAUCCGCUCUGACCAUCUGAUAUUGAAGCGACCGAAACCGGAACCGUAUUCUUCGCGACUCCAUACUUUAAUUGGUACCGAAUUCGUUCAAUAACGUGAGAUAUGCAAAUGGCUUGACAGACCGCACCCGUUGCACUGUCCAGUGAUGGAACGAACCAUUUUUCUGCGAACUGCAAUCAGUAUGCUGUGGCGGCGAGGGAGUGUGCAGGAUGAUGCAGAGGCCUAACUCAGGUGAUCGAUUGCUGACCAAGAGCACGGUAAACACGGGCGUUCAUGCAAGAUUUCAUAAACAACAAGAGUGAGAGAUAGGUCUCCCGGAACAGGUGUACCACAGCCACGACACACGACACGUAUUAUGCCACUCUUGCACUUGCCUUGCCCAUCAUUAUGGUUUGUUUUUAUUUACUUUUUAACUCUCAACCCGCAAAUUGCAGUGUGCUGCAAUGGCCACACAGAAAAACCGUCUUCAAAUUAACGCCAAGAAGCAGGGAAACACAGAACAGCAACGAGACUGUCGAACGCUAACAGCGCAAAGUCCGCGGUCGGUCCUCCAACACGGCGGGCACGGUAUCUUUAGGAAAAACGAACUGGUUGAUAUUAUGUUAAUGCUCGCACACCGAAAACGAACUCCAAAUCGGUUAACAGUGAAAGGGAAGAGGUAUAUUUGCUAAACGGUUGCAAAAACGAGAGAGAGGACAAGUGUAAUAAAACAGAACGCGUGUACAUUGUAAUCCACGAGGGGGGCCCUCUCAUCGGGGAUCAUAAAUUAAGCUUUAGUAAAAACAAGGAACUCUCUCGUAGAUACGUUAAAAUUGACAGACACACAAAUCAGAACUCAGAACCACAAAAUUGAUCCCGUAAGAACUCGUAGAGAAACCCGAUAGCAGAUUAUGCCUCCGCGGGGUCUGUGAGUCUGCCCGGGGGCGACGAAGGAGUGAGUUUAUUACAAGAAAACUUAUUAUAAACCUAUGAAACGAAAUUUAAAAACAAACCUUGAAUAGAUAAGCAACACUUUCACACUAGAAUCGAGUCACGAAACAGUAAAAUUAAACAACAAACCGCGUGAUUAACACGAUGUAAACGAAAUGUGGAUAAACUGUCUCCGUAAAAAGAGAGCGCUAAAAACCAAUAGAGAGAGCGAGAGAGUGUGUGAACCGAAUGGAUAACUAAACGGACAGAGGAUAUACAUAGCGAGGGAACACACGGUUUAAUGAAUUGAUUGAUCAAUUGUUUGAUUAAAAGAUUGUAUGUUGCGAUGAGAAGGUUUAGAGUUUAUCGAAACACGUUUAGAGGCCACAGAACCUCGUCAACCUAAACAAACUAUACUAAGGUAACUGGCUUCCCGUUCCCGUGAGCACAACACGGCCAUGGCAAGCGCGUGACGGUGUUCUAAUCGAUCGACCGCCGAUCGUAGACUUAGGGGCAGGGCGCACCCGAGGGGUCAAGUAGACGAUUGCCAGAAAAGUAUUCGAUACCUGACCGAAUCCGUAUUAUGUACCGAAUUUAUUUUCUCCACUAUCGGGCCGGUCAUUUUCCCAGGCACCGGGAAGUUGUCCAAAGAACCGUUAACCUGAUCUAGACAGUCGUUCGCACGCUUACGGAGGGAUCGUUUGGUGGGUGGGUUUUGCUGUUUAUCUUUUAUCUUGCCACUGCACCGAUCGCGGACAACUGAAAAGCGGUGCGCACAAGCAUCCGAGUUAGUUCUAUUAUUCUACUAAAACACUGAUACGUCACCACUUUCGCUCUCUCUCUCUCUCUUUCAUCCCAAGUCUAGCCCGUACGUUAAGUUGAUAAGUGAGAACACUAUAAGGGAUGGAACGGAAACACUCAAAACGAAGUCAGCAAAUCGAACAUCAACUGUAUAAUUGAAGAAAUAAAAGAGAA